GUUUUUGAACUGUUGUUUACAAUGAUGCUACAUAUAACAGCAUAGUGCAGAAUUAAAAAAACGUGAUUUUUUUCAGUAGGAUUUCAGGAUACUUUGCAACCAUAUUAGUGAUCCCCAGUAAGACGUGAAAUAAGGUUGCAUGUAUCAACAGUGAUGUCGAGAACCGAUCUGUAUUGUUUCCUACCUUUCAAGAUUGUUCUGAAAGUCUCUUGGUCUAAAUCCUUCAGGUGUUUCGACAUAGACUCAAUUUCUCGCGGAAUCCUUCCGCCUAAAAAACUAGAGUCCGUCGUCAAAGACAUUGUUCAUCCACGGUUGUAUUGCAACGACAUAAAUGAUAAUUUUGUAAACCGUGUCUUCGGACAGCAACAUCCGCCUCACGUCACAUGAUACUGACGUCAAGAGGGUGAUGUCGCGAUGACUCCCGAGACCGACGGUGCGACAGAAAGGCUUUGCAAAUGGAGGCGGUUGAGCUCAGUCCCUCGAUAAACGACAGAAAAUAGACCGCCAUGUCGGAUUCUCUAUACGAGAAAUUCCUGGCACCAGAGGAGCCGUUUCCUCUACUCUCCCAGAGAGCCAACCUCAGUGAUGUGGAGACUUUAGAUGUCAGCGAUUUUGGCUGUCAACUGUCCUCUUGUCACCGGACGGAUCCUCUUCGCCGUUUCCACAGUAACAGGUGGAACCUCACGUCUUGUGGGACCAGCGUGGCCAGUUCUGAGUGCAGUGAGGAGCUUUUCUCCUCAGUGUCUGUUGGUGACCAGGAAGACUGCUACUCCCUCUUAGACGAUCAGGAUCUGACAUCUCUGGACCUGUUUCCGGAGGGUAGUGUGUGCAGCGAUGUGUCCUCCUCCAUCAGCACGUACUGGGACUGGUCAGACAGCGAGUUUGAGUGGCAGUUACCGGGAAGUGACAUUGCCAGUGGUAGCGAUGUCCUCUCGGACAUCAUCCCAAGUGUGCCAAGUUCACCAUGUUUGUUUUCCAAGAGGAAGCCCAAGCCCCACCCUCAUCGCAACCUGGAUGAGCUACCAUGGAGCGCCAUGACCAAUGAUGAACAAGUGGAGUAUAUCGAGUACCUGAGUCGAAAAGUCAGUACAGAAAUGGGGCUGAGAGAGCAGCUGGACAUCAUCAAGAUCAUCGACCCCUGUGCUCAGAUCUCCCCCACCGACAGCGAGUUCAUCAUUGAGCUCAACUGUCUCACUGAUGAGAAACUCAAACAAGUACGCAACUACAUCAGAGAACACAGCCCACGCCAGCGGGCCAGCAGCACCAGAGAGGGAUGGAAGAGAAGUAGCCAGAGCAGCGCGAGCACUGGUGGCGUCAGUGGAGCCAGCAGCAGUAAUGCUAGCAUGGUUAGCUCUGCCAGCUCCUCCACUGGCUCCACAGCCUCCAACUCUGUGGCAGCUGGACCAGCUUCUGUCUGCAGUGGAAGUAGUGUGGCCAACAUCAGCAGAGCUCAUAGCGAUGGGAACCUCUCCAGCGCUGCUGAACGUAUACGAGACUCCAAAAAACGCUCCAAGCAGCGUAAACUUCAACAGAAAGCACUGCGCAAGCGACAGCUGAAAGAGCAGCGUCAGGCCCGCAAGGAGCGACUGAGCGGCCUGUUCCUGAACGAAGAGGUGCUCUCGCUGCGUGUGACAGAGGAGGAUGACCACGGCGACGACUUGGACAUACUGAUGUGACACCAGUGAAUCAUUCAGUGCUCCCUCUACGUCUGCUCGUACCAUAGUGCUCAUUGUCCACCCCAUGUCAACCCACUGCGCUUGAGCUGGUGAUGCUACAUGUACACUAGUAACCGCGGCUCAGCAGUAGAAGCUUCUGCUUUAGCCUAUAUCGGUCAAUCUGACCAAGACGCUGCUUAGACCUGAGACGACCAUCCCUCUAUAGUCCGCUCAUUGAUGCAUGUCUUACUGGCUGUUUUGGGUGCCGUAUAAGUCAACAGGCCAUGCUCAUUCUCUGUUAAUCCAUCAGCGGAGAGACAAAUUCAAACUUGGGACCUGUAUAUUUAUUAAAAUCUUUGAUGCAAAUCGAUGAGCCACCAACAGUAGACUUUUUUUAAAGUAAAUAUGAUCUUUAAAUAAUGAAUGAGGUGAGAGAAAGUCAAUCUUUAAUCGAUAUUUUCUCAGAAAAGCACUAAAUAAAUCAGGCCAGUGCUAUUAAAUGUAUACAAAUAGACCUGCUGUUUUGGUAACAGUCUGAGAUGUUUUGGUCCCUAAGUGAAACGAUGCAAGUUGAAUACCUGCAUAACUGAGAAAAGGUGUCAAGAGUAUUUCCAGCCCUUUCUAACUGUGAAAGUACUCUGUACUAUUUUGCUCUCAAACACCAACCCCCAUCGAUAUAUAUCCUCAUGGUGGCCGAUCAUUGCCAAAAUCUUUUUUUGACAACUCACAAGUUUGGCAUGUAAAUUGAAGCAUCCUUGAAGUGGCGUUUUCAGUGGAUGAUACUGUCUGUUCAUAAUCAUGGUUUGGCUCCAUAACUAACAGGGAGCGCUGCUUCACGAGACUUCCUUCCCAGCAUAGACUUGGUGGGGCUCCAUGGCUUGUUCGGAAGACUGUCCACAUUGUUUCAGUCCAUAUCACUGUCAGGGCUUAGAGGGGGCACUGAAACUCUGCAUGUUCCAACACUCAAAGUCUGUUUCACGUCUUAACAAGUGUGUUGUACAUACGUGGUCAAUAUCUGCACCUGAACUACUCGCUCCAAACUCUUUGGUCAUGGAUUCUUAACUGCUGUAAAUUACCAGGCUUAGCGAGUCUUACUUCAACGUAUUUCAUUUGAACUCUUGUCUUAGACACCCUGAAGCCACUGUGAUGCUUUGCCUCAUUCUUGUUAUGCCGUAAUAGCACUCUGAAUGCCAUCUUAAGAGCUUGUUUUACUUGACAGAAUGAUUGAACUGACUCUGAGUUUCAUGUAUUGAACAACUGCAAGUCUUAGUUUCUUCUGGUGUUGAGUCCAGCUUUCAAGUGUGUUGUUUUGUUUGAACUCAAGUCUUGGAACACCUCGAGCAGCCUCCCUUGGUGGAUUAUUGAUUUCUAAUAAUAGUUUCUCCGAACUUGUGGCGAACUACUCCCAUAGGUGCUUUUGUGUCAGUGUGUACAUUUCGCAACUGCAAAGCUCCAAACUGUAAAAUGUUAUUGAAAAUUAUAUUUUAAAAACUGAAAAAAACAUGCAAUAAUGUGAUGCUGUUUAUGUACAUACAACUCCAUUAUUGAUAAUAAAUAAUGUCUUUG